UAGCUGCUGAGUACACAAAUAAAUACACGGUUUUACAAAUAAUAACUACUUACGGUCGUCGUACACCGCGGAGAAGUUUGUGAAAGCAAAAUGAUGAAUACCGUUUUACGUGAAAUUGUUGCGAGGGCAUCGGUUGAAUCCAAACAACGAACGGAGUAUCAACAAAUCUGCUUAAGACAUGAAUGUAACGAUAUAAACGAAAUUCCAAGAAUAACUCAUAUAAAAGAACUAGAUAAUGAAGAAAUGGCAAAUCAUUGGGCUUUAAACGGUUUAUAUCGACCGAGAAGUGCAUUAGCUCGUGCUUUAUAUGAGAAACAAAGAAAUGACCGCCACCUGCAGGAGUUUGAUCAACAUGAGUGGUACCGCGUUGAUAAAAGUCGAUUGACAGAAGAUUUGCAGCAGAAGUUCGUCCAGUUGCAGCCAGAUGAAGAAACAAAAGAGUUCCUCACCAACUCCAUCGAUAAGUCUACUUGGGUGUGGACUCAGAUCUGGUACUUGCUAGCAAAGGCGGUGCUGAAACAUUUCUGGACUAUCACAGACAUCAAUGGGUGGCUGGGUCGUGGUUCGAUGUUUGUGCUCUCCGCAGCGCAAGCACGGUCACUGCUGAGUGCAGCCAAACGUGGUAUGAACAACACGGGCGCGCUCGUCGACGUCGGAGCAGGGGACGGCGAAGUGAGUCGUCGGUUUGCUCAUCUCUAUACACAAAAAUUCGCUACUGAGAUAUCGAGCUGCAUGCGAAAGGCAUUAAGCAGCAAGGGAUACACGUUGCUAGAUACAGAGGAGUGGUGGCGCGAACAGCGCUUUGAUUGCGUGUGCAUGUUGAACUUGUUGGACCGCUGCAGCAAGCCUCGGAGCAUGCUGCGACAGGCCAAGGCUGCCAUCGGGCCCGACGGCGUCCUCCUGCUCGCUCUUGUGCUGCCCUACAAGCCCUACGUUGAAGUAACCACCGAUCACAAGCCCGAGGAACGUUUGCCAAUACAAGGAGUUACCUUUGAAGAACAAGCGGCUUCGUUCAUGCAGUUCAUGAGAGACGAGAUCGGGUUCGAGGCGGUAGCCUGGUCCCGGGCUCCGUACCUGUGCGAGGGAGACUUCGCCCAGGCCUACUACUGGCUCGACGAUUCCAUAUACGUGUUCAGCCCUAUUCGGGAAUAAAUCGAAAAACUAAAUGUUCAGAUGUUCAUUCUACCUCUGGAUUCAAACGUUCAAGUAAUAUUAAAAUAAAAUACGUAAAAUAUUUAAAUAACAAUAAGUCGCAGCAUUAAGUUAAACGCGGACGUAAACAAUGAUCAUAAUACCUUAAUUGUGAUCACACGAACUCUUGUUCUCAUCUCCACGGCGUAUGAAAUGUCCCAACAUUUGUACCAAUGUAGUUAACUGAAGCUAUUGCUAAAAACACUUAAUAUGUACUUAUUAACAUGAAAAAUCGGCUAAAGGUAAAUCAAUUACUGAUGUAAUAUUAAUAUUUUAUUUCAUCAAUUAAAUUAAAUUAGGUUCAUAUUAAUUCAAGGUAAAAGCAGUUUAAAAAAAUGUCAUCCUUUUAUAAUUGACAUUUAUUCUGGUAAGAGUAAACAAAUUUAUACUUUAAGGAAGAAAAAAACAUUCCAUUUGUUAAAAAUCUUACAUUAUAUAAAUUUGUAUCUAUAUUAUAAUAAGUAGGUUGAUAAAUUUAUUAAUAAUUGUUAAUUAAAUAAGCGCAAGAUUUUCCUACCUCAUUAAUAAGACAGCAGACGGAAACGAGGAAAUGAAAUUUUAUAAUUUAUACAAUAUGGUGAUAUUUAACGAAUUUUCCAACGAUAACGUCGCAUGUUCGCUGAAGCAUCGAAUGAAUCGUGUCCGUUCACUUCACUUUUAUAACGAAGGGAAAUUAUGGCUGUAUUUUAUUAAAUUUACAUGAAGUAGCUUUUAUAAAUAACAAUCUAAUAUUGUCAGAAAGUUCUAGAUCAAUUGCUCCCCUAUUGAUGUUAAAAAGCAUUUUUUACCAAUCUUCGAACGAAAAUCGCAAAUCGAUUAUUGCUAAUUACUUUAAAUGCUUCUUAGGGUCGUAACCAUUCCUAUAUCUUGAUAUUGGUAUAUUAAAUGUUUUUAAAAUUGUAGAAUUUCCCUGUCCAAACUAUUUAUUACAUGUUUUUAAAUCUUUAUAUCUAGUGUAGAGAUCUCUUUAUUUAAGUCUUAAAAAUUGAAACACUACCAGCCAAAACUAGGAGUGCUUCGUCAUGUUUCGAUGUUUUUGUAGUUUAAGAUAAUAUUUUUAAAGAGCAGUAUAAUUUAUGCUUAACACAAAUAAUUUCAUUUUUUCUUGAUAUAUUUAUGUGUUUGUGAAAUUGUGAUUUUAUCGAUGUUAAUUUUAAUAAACUUUUACGUGUAUUUGGAAUAAAAUUCUUGGAUAUA